AUGAACCGGAACAGCACCCCCGAGGCCAGCGCCGCCUCGUCGCUUCGCCCGCCGCAGGCCAGGACGACGAUAGGAUCCGGCCAGUCCCUUCGAGCCUCGGCCGACAUGGCUGCCUUGUCCGGCAACACGCCUGCGAGCCGCAUCCGGCCCUCGUCCGACUUCUACGGCCAGUCGCAAGGCCAAGGCCAGGCGGGCAACGACUCGGACCCUCAGGACAAGAUGACCCAGCAGUGGAUUGCCGACAUUGACCAGUACGAGACCACCUUGGAGGAGAUGGCCGCGGCCACGCUGGACCAGGACUUCAAGGACGAGCUCAGCGCCAUCGAGCAGUGGUUCCGUGUGCUCUCCGAGGCCGAGCGGACUGCUGCUCUCUACGCCCUGCUGCAGCAGACCACACAGGUUCAGAUCCGGUUCUUCAUUCAGGUCCUGCAACAGAUGGGUAAGAACCAUCCGAUGUCGGGCGUUCUGUCGCCAGCCAACUUCGACAAAGACCCCAUGACGAACCGCCUGAGCGAUGCUAUGAACAAGUUGAACGUAAACUCCACCAGAAACUCGAUGCCGCAAGCCGCUGCAAAGAGAUUCUCGGGUCUCGACCCAUCAACCAUCAACGCCAUGUUCCCGGAUGCCGCCGCCGCCAUUGCUACCGAGAAAGCCAAAUUCACCCAACAGACCGGCAAUCACCCCCCAUCGAACCGCAACAGUACCGCCGUCGAUGCUAGAAGCUCCCUGGCUCCUACCAUCGCCGAGGAGUCCAACGGUCAGUGGGGCGAAGGGUCAAGACCCAAAUCCUCAUCGGGACAGACUCCCAUGGGUCAGUUUGUCCAGCCGCCACCCUCGGCGGGCUUGCGGUCACCUAGACCGCAGCUUGGAUCAAACCAGAACAUCCAGAGCCAGACCAUCAAUGCCCCUGACAAGUCGGGCUCUGAUAUGCCUAUGCUUUCCCCUUAUCAAGCAAGCGGCAACUGGGCAUCCAUGGUCAACACUCCCAUGGUGCCGAACUUCAACCAAGGUGCUCCCAACCAGGCAGAUAUGGUAGCGAACGCGACCGCCAUGAAGCUUGCUGCCUUGUCGACCGUCAACAACCGCUUCGCCCUCGACGAUGUGCGCAAGUACCGCCGUGCGAGGUCCAACGACGCUCCCCUCUCCCCCGGCAUACCUGCGACUAACGUGGUCAUGGUCAAUGAGCAUGGCCAAGUACUCAACCGCGACCAGAUGAUUGCUCUGCAGAACCAGCAAGCCAUGGGCGGAUUUGGAAACCGAUCGAGGCCAAGCUCUCCUGGCAUUGCCAUGCAGCAGGCUGGGUUCGGGGGUAUGGGCAGUUUCGCGUCGCCACAGAACAAUGGUUUCCUGAGCGCUUACGAUGGACACAAUGCACUUUUGAACAACCAAUUGAACAUGGCUCAACUCGGACUGGGACCUGACCUGUAUCUGUCCGACUCUGACAUGAAGCGUGGGCGUUCGCCCCGUGGUCGUCGUGGUAGCUCUAAGCCCCCGGAGGACCCGACCGACCCCACUCUUCUUCAGGAUAUCCCAGCCUGGCUCAGGUCGCUCAGGCUGCACAAGUACACGGAUAAUCUGAAGGACAUGAAGUGGACUGAUCUGGUGGAGCUCGACGAUGAGGCCCUCGAGAAGCGAGGUGUCAAUGCGCUAGGCGCCCGCAGGAAGAUGCUGAAGGUCUUCGAGCAGGUCAGAGAAGCCAAGGUUGAGGGCAAGUUGGCCUAA